UUAGGGCUGAGGGUAGCCCAGGAUGGCCGCAGCUUCAUAUGAUCAGUUGUUAAAGCAAGUUGAGGCAUUAAAGAUGGAGAACUCCAACCUUCGGCAAGAGCUAGAGGAUAACUCAAAUCACCUAACAAAACUGGAAACUGAGGCAUCUAAUAUGAAGGAGGUGCUGAAACAGCUACAAGGAAGUAUUGAAGAUGAGGCAAUGGCAUCUUCUGGACAAAUUGACUUACUGGAACGACUUAAAGAACUGAACUUGGAAAGUACCAACUUCCCUGGAGUGAAAUUAAGGCCAAAGGUGUCCGUGCGUUCAUAUGGGAGCCGGGAAGGGUCCGUGUCAAGCCGUUCAGGAGAGUGCAGCCCUGUUCCCAUGGGAUCGUUUCCAAGAAGAGGAUUUAUGAAUGGAAGCAGAGAAAGCACUGGUUAUUUAGAAGAGCUAGAAAAAGAGAGAUCUCUUUUGCUUGCGGAGCUUGAGAAGGAAGAGAAAGAAAAGGACUGGUAUUAUGCCCAGCUUCAGAACCUGACUAAAAGGAUUGAUAGUCUCCCCCUUACUGAAAAUUUCUCCUUGCAAACAGAUAUGACCAGAAGGCAGCUGGAGUAUGAGGCAAGGCAAAUCAGAGCUGCAAUGGAAGAACAACUAGGUACUUGUCAGGACAUGGAGAAGCGAGCACAGGCGAGGGUGGCGAGAAUUCAACAAAUAGAGAAGGACAUUCUUCGUAUACGACAGCUCCUGCAAUCACAAGCCGCUGAAGCAGAGAGAGCACCUCAAAGCAAGCAUGAUGCAGGUUCCCAUGAUACAGAGAGGCAGAAUGAAGGUCAAGGAGCAGCAGAAAUCAGCAUGGCAACUAGCAGUACUGGUCAGGCUUCUGCUGCUCGAAUGGACCAUGAGACAGCCAGUGUUAUGAGCUCUAGUAGUAACUAUUCUGUUCCUCGCAGAUUGACAAGUCAUCUGGGUACCAAGGUGGAAAUGGUGUAUUCAUUAUUAUCAAUGCUUGGUACUCAUGAUAAAGAUGACAUGUCAAGAACAUUGCUGGCGAUGUCUAGCUCCCAGGACAGCUGCAUAGCCAUGCGUCAGUCUGGAUGUCUUCCACUCCUCAUCCAGCUUUUACAUGGCAACGAUAAAGACUCUGUCUUGUUAGGAAACUCUCGUGGUAGUAAAGAGGCCCGUGCCAGAGCCAGCGCAGCACUGCAUAACAUCAUUCACUCCCAGCCUGAUGACAAGCGAGGCAGACGGGAAAUCCGCGUGCUCCAUCUUUUGGAGCAGAUCCGUGCUUACUGUGAAACAUGUUGGGAAUGGCAGGAAGCCCAUGAACAAGGCAUGGACCAAGACAAAAACCCAAUGCCUGCUCCAGUGGAUCAUCAAAUCUGUCCCGCUGUGUGUGUUCUGAUGAAACUUUCAUUUGAUGAAGAACACAGGCAUGCGAUGAAUGAGCUUGGAGGUUUGCAGGCCAUUGCUGAACUGUUGCAAGUGGAUUGUGAAAUGUAUGGACUUACAAAUGAUCACUAUAGUGUUACCUUAAGGAGGUAUGCUGGAAUGGCUCUGACAAACUUGACUUUUGGAGAUGUGGCAAACAAGGCUACAUUAUGUUCUAUGAAGGGCUGCAUGAGAGCUCUUGUAGCCCAACUGAAAUCUGAAAGUGAAGACUUACAGCAGGUCAUUGCAAGUGUAUUGAGGAACUUGUCCUGGCGAGCAGAUGUAAACAGUAAAAAGACUCUAAGAGAAGUUGGCAGUGUGAAAGCAUUGAUGGAAUGUGCUUUAGAAGUUAAGAAGGAAUCCACCCUAAAAAGUGUUCUGAGUGCCUUAUGGAAUUUGUCAGCACACUGUACCGAGAACAAAGCUGACAUAUGUGCUGUUGAUGGUGCUCUUGCAUUUCUAGUCGGCACACUGACAUACCGGAGCCAAACAAACACUUUAGCCAUCAUAGAAAGUGGAGGAGGAAUAUUAAGAAAUGUUUCUAGCUUAAUUGCUACUAAUGAGGACCAUAGGCAAAUCCUGCGAGAGAACAGCUGCUUACAAACCUUGUUACAACACUUGAAGUCACACAGUUUGACAAUAGUCAGUAAUGCAUGUGGGACCCUGUGGAAUCUUUCUGCACGAAAUGCAAAGGAUCAGGAGGCGCUGUGGGACAUGGGAGCAGUCAGCAUGCUGAAAAAUCUCAUCCACUCAAAACACAAAAUGAUAGCCAUGGGUAGUGCUGCAGCUCGAAGAAACCUCAUGGCAAACAGGCCAGCAAAAUAUAAGGAUGCCAACAUCAUGUCUCCAGGAUCAAGCUUACCAUCUCUUCAUGUCAGAAAACAAAAGGCACUCGAAGCAGAAUUAGAUGCUCAGCAUUUAUCAGAGACUUUUGACAACAUUGAUAAUUUAAGCCCGAAAGCAUCUCACCGUAAUAAGCAGAGACAUAAGCAAAAUAUAUACAGUGAGUAUGUCUUGGACUCCAGUCGGCAUGAUGAUGGUAUAUGCAGAUCAGAGAGUUUUAAUGCUAGUAAUGUGACUGUACUUUCACCAUAUUUAAAUACUACAGUAUUGCCUGGCUCCUCCUCUUCCAGUAGAGGAAACAUAGAAAAUUCUCGGUCCGAGAAGGACAGAAGUCUUGAUAGAGAUCGAGCAGUAGGCUUAAAUACCUAUCAUCCAGCUGCAGAGAACACUGGGAACUCCUCUAAGAGAAUAGGAAUGCAGAUUUCUACUGCUGCAGCUCAGAUCACCAAAGUUAUGGAAGAAGUAACAAGCAUGCAUGUUCCACAAGAAGACAGAAGUUCUGGUUCCACUUCUGAAAUGCACUGUUUGACAGAAGACAGAAAAGCCCCAAGGAGAUCAGCCACUGCCCAUACUCACUCAAAUACAUACUUUCCUAAAUCUGAGAAUUCAAACAGGACAUGUCCUGUGCCUUAUACAAAAAUGGAAUACAAGAGAGCUUCAAAUGAUAGUUUAAAUAGUGUCAGCAGCAGUGAUGGCUAUGGUAAGAGAGGCCAAAUGAAACCUUCCAUUGAAUCUUACUCUGAAGAUGAUGAAAGUAAAUUUUGUAGUUAUGGUCAAUAUCCAGCUGACUUGGCACAUAAGAUUCAUAGUGCAAAUCAUAUGGAUGACAAUGAUGGAGAGCUAGACACUCCUAUCAAUUAUAGUCUUAAAUACUCAGAUGAACAGUUAAAUUCUGGAAGGCAAAGUCCCUCUCAGAAUGAAAGAUGGGCACGGCCUAAGCAUAUAAUAGAUGAUGAAAUGAAACAAAAUGAACAAAGGCAAUCAAGGAGCCAAAAUGCAACGUACCCAGUAUACACUGAAAGUGGAGAUGAUAAACACAUGAAAUACCAGUCACCUUUUGGACAGCAAGAGUGUGUUUCUUCCUUUAGAUCAAGAGGAUCCAAUGGUUCAGAUCAGAACAGAGUAGGUUCAACUCUUGGAAUGAAUCAGAAAGUAAACCAGUCCUUGUGCCAGGUUGAUGAUUAUGAUGAUGAUAAGCCAACCAACUAUAGUGAACGCUACUCUGAGGAGGAACAACAUGAAGAGGAAGACAGACCAACUAAUUAUAGCAUGAAGUACAAUGAAGAGGAACAUCAUGUCGAUCAGCCUAUUGAUUAUAGUUUAAAAUACUCAACAGAAGUUCCUCCUUCUUCUCAGAAGCCAUCUUUUACUUUUUCAAAGACUUCUUCAGUGCAAAGCACUAAAACUGACCAUAUUUCCUCAAGCAGUGGGAACACAUCAGCCCCCUCAGCCAGUUCAAAGAGACAGAAUCAGCUUCACCCAAAUUCUGCACAGAGCAGAGGUGGUCAUGCGCAAAAGACUGCCUCCUGUAAAACUCCCUCUAUUAAUCAGGAAACUAUACAAACUUACUGUGUGGAAGAUACCCCAAUAUGUUUUUCAAGGUGUAGCUCUUUGUCAUCUUUGUCAUCAGCUGAAGAUGAAAUAGGACGUGAUCAAUCCACACGUGUGACAGAUGCUAAUAACACACUGCAGAUAGCAGAACUAAAGGAAAACAGUGGGGCUCUAUCUACAGAAGGUGCAGUAAGUGAAAUCACGUCAACAUCACAACACAUCAGAACAAAAUCCAGUAGACUUCAGACUUCUAGUUUGUCUCCUUCUGAUUCCUCUAGACAUAAAGCUGUUGAAUUUUCUUCAGGUGCCAAAUCUCCCUCAAAGAGUGGUGCACAGACUCCUAAAAGCCCACCAGAACAUUAUGUGCAGGAAACGCCACUCAUGUUCAGCAGAUGUACUUCUGUAAGUUCCCUGGAUAGUUUUGAAAGCCGUUCAAUUGCUAGUUCAGUUCAAAGCGAGCCUUGCAGUGGAAUGGUAAGUGGUAUUAUAAGUCCUAGUGACCUUCCAGACAGCCCAGGACAAACAAUGCCUCCAAGCAGAAGUAAAACGCCACCCCCGGCUCAAGGAGUUCAAGUAAAAAGAGAUGUAGCUAAAGGUAAAGUACCUAGUGCAGAAAAGAGAGAGCCUGGUCCUAGACAAGCAGCUGUAAAUGCAGCUGUUCAAAGAGUUCAGGUACUGCCAGAUGCUGAUACACUAUUACAUUUUGCUACAGAAAGCACACCAGAUGGGUUUUCUUGCUCUUCUAGCCUAAGUGCUCUGAGUCUUGAUGAGCCGUUCAUACAGAAAGAUGUAGAGUUAAGAAUAAUGCCUCCCGUUCAUGAAAACGAACAUGGAAAUGAAACAGAACCUGAACAGUCUGAUGAUACAAAGGAUGACCAAGAGAAGAAAGUGGAGAAGCCUACUGAAGCAGAAAAAGACAUUCUGGAUGAUUCUGAUGAUGAUGAUGAUAUUGAAAUACUGGAAGCAUGUAUUAUUUCUGCAAUGCCAACAAAGUCUUCACGUAAAGCCAAAAAGCCUUCUCAGGCAUCUGCUCCAAAAAUACCUCCUCCUGUAGCCAGAAAGCCCAGCCAGUUGCCAGUUUACAAACUUCUGCCUUCACAAAGCAGAUUGCAGUCCCAAAAGCAUGUGAGUUUUACACCGGGAGAUGAUAUGCCACGGGUAUAUUGUGUUGAGGGUACCCCAAUAAAUUUUUCAACAGCUACAUCUCUGAGUGAUCUCACAAUAGAAUCACCCCCGAGUGAGUUGGCCAACGUAGACGGUACAGGAGCAGAGUCAGGGGAGUUUGAAAAGCGAGAUACCAUUCCUACAGAAGGUAGAAGUACUGAUGACUCACAGAGAGCAAAAAGCUCAGCUGUGACUCCCCCAGGCCUGGAUGAUGACAAAACAGAAGAGGGUGAUAUUCUGGCUGAGUGCAUUAACUCAGCUAUGCCAAAAGGAAAAAGUCACAAACCCUUCAGAGUGAAGAAGAUAAUGGAUCAAAUUCAACAAGCGUCUUCAGCUCUAAGUAAUAAAAACCAACCAGAAGGUGAGAAGAAGAAGCCAACAUCACCAGUAAAGCCUGUUCCCCAAAAUAAUGAAUACAGAGCACGUAUAAGAAAAACCACAGAGCCUAAAAGCAAUAUUAAUAAUGAAAGAAGCUAUCCAGAGAACAGAGACGCAAAGAAACAGAAUCUUAAAAAUAAUUCAAGAGAUUUUACUGACAAAUUGCCAAAUAAUGAAGAGCGUGUAAGAGGAAGCUUUGCAUUUGAUUCCCCUCAUCAUUACACACCUAUUGAGGGCACUCCUUAUUGUUUUUCACGGAAUGAUUCCCUAAGUUCUUUAGAUUUUGAUGAUGAUGAUGUUGACCUUUCAAGGGAGAAGGCAGAGUUAAGAAAAGGAAAAGAAGCAAAGGAAGCAGAAACUAAAGACUGCACUAAUCCAGAACAGUCUUCAAAUCAGCAACCAAGUAACAGGACACAAGUUUGUCAAAAACACCCAACAGGCAGAAGCCAGCCUAAAGCUUUCUCUCAGUCAACUAAAGAUAUUCCAGACAGAGGAGCAGCUACAGAUGAGAAAAUGCAGAAUUUUGCUAUCGAAAACACACCUGUUUGUUUUUCUCGCAAUUCAUCUCUUAGUUCCCUCAGUGAUAUUGAUCAAGAAAAUAAUAACAAAGAAGGGGAACCUGCAAAACGUACUGAGGCUCCUGAUUCACAGAUGGAAUCAAACAGACCACAGACUUCUGGUUAUGCACCUAAAUCAUUUCAUGUUGAAGAUACUCCUGUAUGUUUCUCUAGAAACAGCUCUCUGAGUUCUCUUAGUAUUGACUCAGAAGAUGAUCUUUUGCAGGCACCAUUUCAUCUUACCCCAGACCAAGAAGAAAAACCUUUCACUAGUAAUAAAGGUCCAAGAAUUCUUAAGCCAGGAGAGAAGAGUACACUGGAGUCUAAAAAAGCAGAAUCCGAAAGUAGGGGAAUCAAAGGAGGGAAGAAAGUGUAUAAAAGUAUAAUUACAGGAAAAGCUCGCUCCAAUUCAGAAGUUUCAAGCCAGUUGAAGCAACCACAACAGACAAGUGUGCCUUCAAUUUCACGUGGGAGGACAAUGAUCCAUAUUCCAGGAGUUCGAAAUAGUUCUUCAAGUACUAGUCCUGUUUCCAAAAAAGGUCCACCACUGAAAAACACGAACUCUAAGAGUCCCAGUGAAGGCCAAAGUUUGACUAGUUCUCCAAGAGGAGUCAAGUCAUCAGUGAAACCUGAGCCGGCUCCUGUAACUAGGCAACCAUCAGGGUUGAACCAGAGUGGAUCAAGUAAAGGACCUUCUAGGUCAGGAUCUAGAGACUCCACUCCAUCUAGACCUCAACAGCAGCCAUUAAGUAGGCCUCUGCAAUCUCCCGGCCGAAACUCAAUUUCCCCGGGAAGAAAUGGUAUAAGUCCUCCCAACAAACUGUCUCAGUUGCCAAGGACAUCAUCUCCUAGCACAGCUUCAACUAAAUCUUCAAGUUCAGGUAGAAUGUCAUAUACAUCACCAGGCAGGCAGAUGAGCCAGCAAAACCUUACAAAGCAAACUGCCUUACCUAAGAGUACCAGUAGCAUUCCACGAAGUGAGUCUGCUUCAAAAGGGUUAAACCAAGCUCUCAGCAGUGGAGGAUCAAACAAAAAGACUGAACUAUCCAGAAUGUCAUCCACAAAAUCUAGCGGAAGUGAAUCUGACAGAUCUGAGAGACCUGUUCUCGUUCGUCAGUCAACUUUCAUUAAAGAAGCUCCGAGCCCAACUCUAAGACGGAAAUUAGAAGAGUCAGCUUCAUUUGAAUCUCUGUCUCCUUCCAGGCCAGAUUCUCCCACAAGGUCCCAACUACAGACCCCAGUUUUAAGUCCAUCUCUUCCUGAUAUGUCUUUAUCCACUCAUUCAACUGCCCAGACUAGUGGUUGGCGAAAAUUACCCCCUAAUCUGAGCCCAUCUGUAGAAUAUGAUGGGAGACCAGCGAAACGUCAUGAUAUAGCUCGUUCUCAUUCUGAGAGUCCAUCUAGACUGCCGAUCAAUAGAUCGGGAACAUGGAAACGUGAGCAUAGUAAGCAUUCCUCGUCACUUCCUCGUGUAAGCACUUGGCGAAGAACUGGAAGUUCCUCCUCAAUUCUGUCAGCUUCUUCAGAAUCCAGUGAAAAGGCAAAAAGUGAAGAUGAAAAGCAACAUGGAAGUUCUCUUUCUGGACACAAGCAAAGUAAAGAAAGUCAAGCACCAGCAAAAGGUACUUGGAGAAAAAUAAAAGAAAAUGAAAUUCCUCAGAUAAUGAAUGAUCCUCAGCAUUCUUCCUCAGGUGCCACAAAUGGCUCCGAUUCCAAAACGCUCAUCUAUCAGAUGGCACCAGCUGUCUCUAAGACAGAGGAUGUGUGGGUGAGGAUAGAGGACUGCCCGAUCAACAAUCCUCGAUCUGGAAGGUCCCCAACUGGAAAUACUCCGCCUGUUAUUGACAGUGUUUCAGAGAAAGGGGGUGUGAAUGGUAAAGAUCCUAAAGAGAUUCAAGAAAAACAAAUUGCAGGGAAUGGAGGUGUUCCUGUUCGUACCAUUGGUUUAGAAAACCGUCUGAACUCUUUCUUUCAGAUAGACAGUCCAGACAAGAAAGGCACUGAAACAAAGCCUCUGCAGAAUAAUCCCGUUCCUGCACCAGAAAAUAAUGAAAGUACUGUAAGCGAGCGUACACCAUUCAGUUCCAGUAGCUCAAGCAAACAUAGCUCCCCCAUUGGUGCUGUUGCAGCAAGAGUGACUCCUUUCAACUACAAUCCAAGCCGCAGAAAGAGUAGUGUGGACAAUAGUUCUGCUCGGCCAUCACAAAUACCAACACCGGUAAACAACAGCACGAAGAAACGUGACUCCAAGUCUGAAAAUCAAGACUCCAGUGGAACUCAGAGUCCUAAACGUCACUCUGGCUCUUACCUGGUAACUUCUGUUUAAGUGCAACAAAAAAUAAAUAAAACUGAUGUAUUAUAUACAGCAGCUACUUAGAAACUGUUUCAAAUGAAACUUUAAAAAAAUGGGGAUUAACUUUUUUGUUGUUCUUAUUUGUUGUAAAUAGGUUUGAUUCUUGUUAGAGGGUCCUUGUUCUGGAAGCCAUAUUUGAUAGUAUACUUUGUCUUCACUGGUAAUAUUUUGGAGGAAUACCUGAUUGACAGUUUGGAAUAAAAUUGCUAACGCAAGUAUAUUUGUACAGUAUGUUUAACAUGUAUUUAAUUAGCAUCCCAUCCCAUAAUCCUUUAAAUAUUGCUUGUCGUUGAAAUCAUGGAACAUUGCAGAUAGGGAUGAUACAGUCAUAUUGCUUUAUCAAUCAUUUCUAGAUUACAGACUGACUAAACUACAUCAGGGAAAAAUUGGUAUUAUUUAUGCAAAAAAAGUAUACUCAGUUUUAGUAUUUGUGAGUCCAUCUAACCCAAUAAUUAAUCAUGUGGCUGUGAAAUUCACAGUAAUAUGGUUUCUGCUGAACAAGCUUUCCCAGCCUGCUUUUCUGCAUGAAUGGAACUGAUGGUUCAUUUUCUGAAGUAAUGAUUAACAUUUCUGUGGUCACAUAAUGUGCAUAGAUAGUUAUGGUGUAACAAUUUACACUUUCUUUGUGCUCUGCAAAAAAAAAAAAAAAGGAAAACUGUGUAACUGUAAAACCUUGAACAAAAUUAUUUUACCUGAAUUAGAUUUUAUCUUAAAGUAGGUAGAAUUUUUUUGCUAUGCUGUAACUUGUUGUAUAUUCUGGUAUUUGAGGUGAGAUGGCUGCUCCUUUAUUAAUGAGACAUGGGUGAUGUCUCAACAGAGACUAAAAUGAACAUUUCAGAAUAAAUUAUUACUAUAUGUAAA